GCCUCCUCCUCCCUCCCCCUUGCCACGCCCUCAAGCCUUAUAACUCCCUAACAUCUGGCGGGAAGCUUCAUCAGUUGCACCUGCGAGGAGGAAAGUCUUGCCUUUAUCUGCCUUAUUUUGGAAAGUGACCAUUCAGAGCUCCCUCCUCACCUGGACUUCCCUCCCUAAAGAACUUGAAGCUGAGAUCUUGAACCCCAGCCUCUCCGGGUGCUCAGCUCUAGCGUUUCUUGCUUCUCUUGGUUUUCGGCUCCGUCUCAGGCUGAGGGGAUGGGGUCCAUGGGGCUCCAGAUAAUGGGCAUUGCCCUGGCCGUGCUGGGCUGGCUGGCUUCCAUGCUGUCCUGCGCGCUGCCCAUGUGGCGGGUGACAGCCUUCAUUGGCAGCAACAUCGUGACUGCCCAGACCAUCUGGGAGGGUCUAUGGAUGAACUGCGUGGUCCAGAGCACGGGCCAGAUGCAAUGCAAGGUGUAUGACUCGUUGUUGGCCCUGCCCCAGGACCUGCAGGCUGCCAGGGCCCUAGUGGUCAUCUGCAUCAUCGUGGCAGCACUCGGCGUCCUUCUGGCCCUGGUGGGUGGCAAGUGUACCAACUGUGUGGAGGAUGAGACCUCCAAGGCCAAGACCAUGAUCGUGGCUGGCAUUGUCUUUAUCCUGGCUGGCAUCCUGGUCAUCAUUCCCACCUCCUGGACUGCCCACAACAUUAUCCGGGACUUCUACAAUCCUCUGGUGGCCUCUGGACAGAAGAGGGAGAUGGGUGCCUCUCUGUACAUUGGCUGGGCUGCCUCAGGCCUGCUUAUGCUCGGAGGGGCUCUGCUGUGCUGCAACUGCCCACCCCGGAGUGAGAAGUCCUACUCAGCUAAGUACACUGCUGCCCGCUCUGCCCCCACCAGCAACUACGUGUAGGGAGUAUGGGGAGGACAAUGGACAGAAGGGAAAAGGGACAGUGAAGCCUGCUGUGGGUGUCCUUCCUCGCCCCCACCUCCUUACCUGUACCCAGGCUGGACACAUCCUUUUCUCUUCAGUUCUCCCUGACCAUUUGGGCCCUAGUGCUUGGCAGAGACUGAACUCUUCCCUGGACAGAGAACCUGGCCCAAGCCCCUAAUGUCUCCCUGUGCCUGGAGUCUGGGUGGGUGGGAGGGUAAGGGUGGGUUGGUGCCUGUUGGAAUCAGCAAGCACACAAUGCCAGGGGGAUGCUACCUGUUCUAGCUGGAGUGCCCUCUCCAGAUCCUCCCUUCUCUC